AUGGAGCUGAGCGAGAUGCUCUACAACAAGUCCGAGUACAUCGAGACGGCAUCCGGCAAUAAGGUGAGCCGGCAGUCCGUGCUGUGCGGCAGCCAGAACAUCGUUCUUAACGGCAAGACCAUAGUUAUGAAUGACUGCAUCAUCCGUGGUGACCUGGCAAACGUUCGGGUUGGCCGGCACUGCGUGGUGAAAAGCCGCAGCGUCAUCAGACCGCCCUUCAAGAAGUUCAGUAAAGGGGUGGCUUUUUUCCCUCUGCACAUUGGUGAUCAUGUCUUCAUAGAAGAGGAUUGUGUUGUCAACGCAGCCCAGAUUGGCUCCUACGUCCACAUAGGCAAGAACUGUGUCAUUGGUCGGAGAUGUGUUUUGAAAGACUGCUGCAAGAUCCUAGACAACACGGUGCUACCUCCUGAGACAGUGGUCCCACCUUUCACCGUCUUCUCAGGCUGCCCAGGACUCUUCUCUGGUGAGCUCCCGGAAUGCACCCAGGAGCUUAUGAUCGAUGUUACAAAGAGCUAUUACCAGAAGUUCUUGCCUCUCACUCAGGUGGCCUCGGCCAGGGCCUAA